UGGGAUUAUAUUGAUCAUAAUUAAAUUACAAUUAAAUUAUAUCAUCAAUCGAUCACCUUAUAUGGCAGAAGACAAUGGUCACGUGACCUCCAGUUCCCGCCAAAAGUGAACCUUUUCUGUAGUGGCGGUAAAGUCGUGUGCAACAGGUUCCGAGACGAGAAGACGUCUUUCAAGUUAAAUUUUGUGCCAUGGAUGUCGCCGAAACACGCUCAGGACAAACUCACGUCGUCGAUGAAGUCGGGGAUCGCUGUCAGAAGUUGUUCCAGGAUUUUCUGGAAGAGUUCCAAGAAGGGGGAGAAGUGAAAUACUUGGAAGAUGCCAGGGAUCUGGUAAAGCCUGAGCGUAAUACUUUGGAAGUGUCAUUCUCGGAUAUUGAGAAAGCAAAUCAGAAUCUUGCAACAACAAUUAUUGAAGAGUACUACAGAGUUUACCCGUUUCUUUGCCGCUCUGUGAGAAAUUUUGUCCGUGAUCAUGCAGAAGUUCCUGUUGAGAAAGAGUAUUACGUUAGUUUUGUUGAUGUUCCCACAAGACACAAGAUAAGAGAAUUAACAACCGUGAAAAUUGGGACCCUUGUCCGCAUAUCUGGUCAGGUUGUUCGGACCCAUCCAGUACAUCCAGAGCUUGUAGCAGGAACUUUUGUGUGCUUGGAUUGCCAGACUGUGAUUAAGGAUGUGGAACAGCAGUUUAAAUACACUCAGCCUACCAUAUGCCGAAAUCCUGUUUGCAGUAAUCGUCAGCGCUUCAUGCUUGAUACAAACAAAAGCAGAUUUGUGGACUUCCAGAAAGUCAGAAUACAAGAAAUACAAGCAGAACUACCAAGAGGUUGCAUUCCUCGUAGUGUUGAAGUUGUUGUUCGAGCAGAAGCUGUCGAGUGUGCUCAGGCUGGUGACAGAUGUGAUUUCACUGGUUCCUUGAUUGUUGUGCCAGAUGUUUCAGCACUAAAUCUUCCGGGGGCUAGAGCAGAAAGUUCUGCUAGACAUAAAGGUGAAGAAAGUGAAGGCGUUACUGGUCUGAAAGCUUUGGGCGUCCGUGAUCUCAACUAUCGUAUGGCUUUCCUAGCUUGCUCUAUUACACCCACAAAUCCAAAGUUUGGGGGCAAAGAAAUCCGAGGAGAGGAAAUGACUGCUGAGGCUAUCAAAAGACAAAUGACAGAACUGGAGUGGAAUAAAGUGUAUGAGAUGUCCCGGGACAAAAAUCUUUAUCAGAAUCUCAUCUCAUCUCUUUUCCCUACUAUUCAUGGCAAUGAUGAAGUCAAACGAGGAAUUCUUCUUAUGCUGUUUGGUGGCGUUCCAAAGAUAACCGUAGAAAAGACAACUUUGCGUGGUGACAUUAACGUCUGCAUUGUUGGUGAUCCUUCUACUGCAAAAUCUCAGUUUUUGAAGAUGGUAUCAGAUUUUAGCCCUCGUGCAGUAUACACCUCAGGAAAAGCUUCAACAGCUGCUGGUUUAACUGCUGCAGUGGUGAAAGAUGAAGAAUCACACGAGUCUGUUAUUGAAGCUGGUGCCCUUAUGUUAGCUGACAAUGGAGUUUGCUGUAUUGAUGAGUUCGACAAGAUGGAUAUCAGAGAUCAGGUGGCCAUCCACGAAGCUAUGGAACAGCAGACCAUUUCCAUCACAAAAGCUGGUGUUAAGGCAACUUUGAAUGCACGGACCUCCAUUCUUGCAGCAGCCAAUCCUAUUGGUGGACGAUAUGACAGGACGAAAUCUCUCCGACAGAACAUUGCAAUGACAGCCCCCAUUAUGUCAAGAUUUGAUCUUUUCUUCAUUCUUGUAGAUGAGUGCAAUGAGGUUACUGAUUAUGCCAUUGCGAGACGUAUUGUAGAUCUGCACAGUCGUAAUGAGGAAAGUAUUGAUAGAACUUACGCACUGGAAGAAAUUCAGCGUUAUAUAAUGUUUGCCCGACAGUUCAAACCAAAGCUCAAUAAGGAGGCCAGUGAGUAUUUGGUGGAGCAGUAUCGAAACCUUCGACAGCGUGACUCCUCAGGUGCUGCGAAGUCAUCGUGGCGUAUCACAGUCCGUCAAUUGGAGAGUAUGAUUCGACUUUCUGAAGGCAUGGCAAGAAUGCAUUGUUCAGAUGAGGUUCAACCAAAGCAUGUGAAAGAAGCAUUCCGUUUAUUAAACAAAUCCAUUAUUCGUGUUGAACAACCUGAUGUGCAUUUGGAGGAAGAUGAGAAUGAACAACAGAUUGACGAUCCCAUGGAAACGGAUGAGAAUCGUGUACCUAAUGGACAGAUAAAUGGUGUUAAUGGUCAUCAAGAAGAUAGAGAUUCUACUGAUGCCCUAAAGAAGAAAAAGUUGAAACUUUCAUACGAGUCUUACCGCAACAUGUCAAACUUAUUGGUGAUGUACAUGAGGAAAGAGGAGGCAAAAAUGGAGGAUGAAGGCUCAGAAACGGCAGGCCUGAGAAAGUCUGCAGUUGUAAAUUGGUACUUGAAUGAGGUAUCGGCAGAUAUUGAAUCAGAAGCAGAGCUGAUUGAAAAGAAGCUAGUUGUCGAGAAGGUUCUAGACAGACUGACAUAUCAUGAUCAAGUUAUCAUCCCGUUGACAAGAAGUGGCUUAAAGGGCUCUGCAAUGGAAACUGAUGAGGAAGAUGAUCCGUUGUUAGUCGUACAUCCAAAUUAUCUUCUUGAUGCUUAAGUUUUGAAAAAAGUACAAUGAUGUUUUAUAUGCAUAAUUUCUUGAGAUAAGGCUUUCUUUGUGAAAGAUUCCAUGGGAACCAGUGCAUAUUAAAAAUUCCCCUAUAGAGAUUUAAAAAUUUAGUUCUUACUUACAGCUAAUAUGUUUGUUCAGUUUUUUAAUUUGUAUGAAAUUCAUGUAGUUUAAGUUUUUAGGUUACAGUAAAUUGGGAUGGUAUUACAGUGAUUCUUGAAGUGUAUUUGAGUUUCUUAGAGUGGCAGAACCUUCAGUAGGUUAACUAAAACCUGUUAGGUAGAAAGUAAGGACUUAAUUUUUUCCAUAUAUUUCCAUUUUCUACAAUAAUAAAGAAAUGUUUAUAAAAA